CAGCAAAGGCCCGUUGAAGAUUUUUUCCCGAAAGGGGAAGCCGUGAAGGACCAGGGGGCCGAGGGGGCCUCCCAAGUUGUUGUCGGGGGUGCCGGUGCCCUGAAAAUUGAAACCGCCAAGCGAAAGGCCCCGGAAAAAGGGGUCGAGGCCCCCGGGAAAAAGGUUAAGAAGGCUGUCGGCGCAAAGGGGGCACCAGUGGUAAUUUCUGAGGGCCAUUCCUCCUCCGGCACGCCGUUGGUGUUUGUUGCCGCUGCCCCCCUUCCGGAUCAGAUGGAAGAUGGGCCAUGGCCCCGGGAGAACGUCCAAUUCUCCAUCAAGAAAGGGACCGCCAUUCUGCACGGCACCCUGGAUCCGAAGGAGUUCUUGGAUGGGGCCACUCCUUCGCUGGAUAGAUCGACCCUGAGCCGGUACGACGACGCUGCCCUGGACGCUAAGCUCCUCCAGGCCUCGGUGACUGCCAGUGUAGCCCUCGGAGAACACGUCCGGAGGGCGGAACAAUUACGCCUCCAGAAGGCGGAGUCCGACGAGGCCCUGAGGAAGCUCGUCGUGACUAACACCGAGGCCAUCCGGAAGAUGGCAAUCCUGGAGGAGAGCCUCCGGCAGAUGGAGAAGAAGCUGGAGGUUGCCCGAAUGGAGGGCAAAGCCGAAGGCAAGGCGGAGGCCGAGACGCUCGCUGCUGCCGCCGCAAAGACCGCUGCUGACAAUGCCGAGGAAGCAAAGCGGGUGGCCAUCCUUCAGGCCGAGAAAGAUGCUG